AUGGGAGGGCCGCCUACUCGGUUGCUGCUGCUGCAACCAAGACGACAGCUUAGCACUGGGAAUGUUCUCUCGCGGCAAUUUAUGCGCAGCCUCCAUCCCGCAACGAUUAAACGACCCCGUGACCCAUCACCAUCUGAACUGCUUCGAUUCGCCCUGACAGAUUCAACUGAGCCAAUUCAUGACUCAAAUACUAACGAGGUCUUAUCUGGAUACCUCCAUGGACAAUUUGUCACCGAAUGGAAGUUCAACACUCCACCUUCCCCGUUGUGGACCUCCCUCAAAGGGCUUACAUCGCGGAACCGAGAAGUUGUUGUGGGAUCCCAAUAG